AUGGAUUACGAGGCUCUCAAGGAGCAAUGGAGUGAGGUCGAGGACCGUGACGGCGUUCGUCUUAGCUGGAAUGUCUUCCCCAGCUCGCGAAUGGAAGCAUCACGCCUCGUUGUGCCCAUCGGAGCCCUCUACACACCUCUCAAGGAGAAGCCCGACACCCCUCUUCUCCAAUUCGAGCCUGUUACCUGCAAGCAGCCAUGUCGCUCGGUUCUCAAUCCCUUCUGCUCAGUAGAUGUUCGCGCACGUCUCUGGAUUUGCCCUUUCUGCCUGUCGCGAAAUCCCCUGCCACCGCAUUACAAGGACAUCACCGCGAACGCCAUCCCCCCCGAGCUGCACCCCUCUAAUACGACGAUUGAGUAUCGACUGUCCCGCCCUGCUCCCAGCCCUCCCAUCUUUCUGAUGGUUGUAGACACAUGCCAAGAGGAGGACAGUCUUGCUGCUUUGAAGGAAUCCUUGGUCAUGAGCUUGAGUCUUUUACCUGAAAAUGCCCUCGUUGGCUUGAUCACCUACGGCACUAUGGCCCAGGUUCAUGAGAUUGGGUACACCGAAUGUGCCAAAUCUUACGUAUUCCGUGGCAGCAAGGACUACAAUGCCAAGCAGGUGCAAGAAAUGCUUGGUCUUCUGUCUCCGGCUAUGCGCCCUGGCAUGCCUCAACAACCGGGUCGACCUAUGCCGGCAGGUCCCGCAUCGCGGUUCUUGCUACCCGUCCAGCAGGCUGAAUUCCAAUUGACAAAGGCUCUGGAGCAGCUUCAGAAGGACCCCUGGCCUGUCGCGAACGAUCGCAGAAAUCUGCGAUGCACCGGUGUUGCUCUGAGCGUGGCGGUCGGCCUUCUUGAGUCCUCCUUCCAGCAUGCUGGCGGUCGCAUCAUGCUGUUUGCCGGUGGCCCCGCCACGGAAGGGCCUGGUAUGGUCGUCGGCCCCGAGCUACGUGAACCCAUGCGGUCACACCACGACAUCGAUCGAGAUAACAUCAAGUACUACAAAAAGGCAUUAAAGUUUUACGACAAUUUGGCUAAGAGAACAGCUCACAAUGGGCAUGUCAUCGACAUAUUUGCCGGCUGCUUGGAUCAAGUCGGCCUGCUUGAGAUGAAGGGUCUCUGCCAGCAGACUGGCGGCAGUAUGGUCUUGACUGACAGCUUCACAAGCUCAAUGUUCAAGCAGUCGUUCAUUCGCAUGUUCGAAAAGGAUGGCGACGAUAAUUUGCUCAUGGGCUUCAACGCGACGCUUGAAGUGUUGACAACCAAGGAAUUGAAGGUCACGGGAUUGAUCGGACAUGCCAUCUCGCUCAACAAGAAGUCUACUUCAGUGGGCGAGACUGAAUGUGGCAUCGGCAACACAUGCUCAUGGAAGAUGUGUGGUAUUGAUCCUGGCUCUAGCUAUGGCGUCUACUUCGAAAUAGCCGGCCAAGGGGGUCCGGCGCAGCAUCAACAAACGCCGCAGAAGGGUAUGAUGCAGUUUCUCACAUACUAUCAGCAUUCGUCGGGCCAGUUCCAUCUUCGAGUGACGACGAUUGCGAGGAACCUUAGCGGGCCAGCAGGCGAUCCAGCAAUCGCUCAGUCGUUCGACCAGGAAGCCGCGGCUGUUCUCAUGGCCCGCAUCGCCGUAUUCAAGGCAGAAGUUGACGACGGGCCUGAUGUUCUGCGAUGGGUUGACAGGAUGCUCAUCAGACUCUGCUCCCGUUUUGCAGACUAUCGCAAAGAUGAUCCUUCUUCGUUCCGCUUGGAGAAGAACUUCACUCUAUACCCGCAAUUUAUGUUCCACCUGAGAAGAAGUCAGUUCCUCCAGGUGUUCAACAACUCGCCCGACGAAACGGCAUUCUACCGACAUGUUCUCAACCAUGAGGAUGUGAGCAACUCGCUCAUUAUGAUCCAGCCCACGUUGGACUCUUAUACAUUUGACCAGGCGGAGGCAUCGCCGGUUCUCCUCGACAGCUCCUCCAUCCAACCCACUCAUAUUCUCCUGCUCGAUACCUUCUUUCACAUCCUCAUCUUCCACGGUGAGACAAUUGCGGAGUGGAUGAAGGCGGGCUAUCAAGAACAAGAGGGCUAUGAGAAUUUUGCUGCGUUGCUUGAACAGCCCAAGGAAGACGCAAGGGACCUCAUCACCGACAGAUUCCCGUUGCCAAGAUUUAUCGUCUGCAACCAAGGCGGUUCGCAAGCAAGAUUCCUGCUCUCAAAACUGAACCCCUCGACAACCCACACGACUGGUGCCUAUGGCGGCGUUGGGGCGCAGAACGCGCAAACAAUUUUCACCGAUGACGUAUCUCUCCAAACCUUCAUGGAUCACUUGAUGAAGUUGGCUUGCUAUGAGAGCUGCCCAGGAUACCGACGCCGGCGAAUACUGAAGAGAAUUGCCCCGCCCCCGCCAGCUUUGAAGACGGCACACCUGAUGACCGCACUUGUGGCUGGUGGCUGGUGGCUGGUGGCUGAAGCGUUUAAGCGACUGGGCUGCGGAGACGGCGCACACAUCUGCAAAAUUUCCUUGACCCUCUCAAAGCGUCUCAAUCUUCCUUCGAUCACCAACUUUCCCACCAGACCCAGAUCCGAGAGCAGUCAAGAUGCUCACCUCCGUGCCACCGGAGGUGAGGUUGGCGCCUCCUCCGCCCUGGCCCCCAAGAUUGGUCCCCUCGGUCUGUCUCCCAAGAAGGUCGGUGAAGACAUUGCGAAGGCCACUGGCGACUGGAAGGGUCUCCGCGUCACGGUGAAGCUCACCAUCCAAAACCGUCAAGCCGCCGUCUCCGUCGUCCCUACCGCCUCCUCCCUCAUCAUCCGCGCCCUCAAGGAGCCCCCCCGCGACCGCAAGAAGGAGAAGAACAUCAAGCACAGCAAGUCCGUCGCCCUCGACGAGAUCAUCGAGAUUGCGCGAACCAUGCGCUACAAAUCCUUCUCAAAGGACCUGGCGGGCACUGUCAAGGAGAUCCUGGGUACGGCAUACAGCGUCGGAUGCCAGGUCGACGGCAAGCCCCCUCAGGCCAUCAUCGAUGCUAUCCAGUCUGGCGAGAUCGACACCUGGCCGCUCAACACGCUGACGAGUCUGGCAGUCCCUGAGGAGUAA